AUGAGAAAAUCCUAUCCACCAGUCUACGAUAAUGAAUAUUAUAAAAUGUUUAAUAGAAUAUCUUUCACUGAUCUUUUCAUUGUACUUUUGGUGUAUCUUGAAUCAAUAAUAUCCUUUUUCCUAAAACUUAUCCCAAGUAACAUACUCAAUCUGUUCACAUCAAUUAUCAAUUUCACCGCCAAUAUCGAUGAUACCACAAUAGAAGAAAAAUUAAGAUCCGCUCCCACGAUCCAUGAAAUGUGUGCAUUAUUCGAUAUCACCGUGGAAGAUCAUUUGGUGAGAACCGAAGAUAAUUAUGUCUUGACUAUCCAUAGAAUAGCUCCUAAGAAGAAUAAUAAUAAUGGCAAAGUGGUCUACUUACAUCACGGUCUAUUAAUGUGUUCAGACGUUUGGUGUUGUCAAGUGGAAAGGCAUAAAAAUUUACCUUUUCUUUUACAUGAUUUAGGCUAUGAUGUGUGGAUGGGGAAUAAUAGAGGUAAUAAAUAUUCCACUGCACACUUAUAUCAUCCACCAAAAUCUGCCAAAUUUUGGGAUUUUUCUAUAGAUGAGUUUGCGUUCUUUGACAUUCCAAAUUCAAUUGAAUUCAUACUCGAUUAUACACAGGUGGAUAAUUUGGUUUGUAUUGGCUUCUCACAAGGUUCUGCACAGAUGUUUGCUGCACUAUCAGUCAAUGAAUAUUUAAAUUCAAAGAUCAGCCAUUUAAUCGCAAUCGCUCCAGCCAUGACCCCUGAGAGAUUACAUAACGUGAUCGCAGACUCGUUUGCUAAAUCUACACCUCGGUUAAUGUACUUAUUCUUUGGUAGAAAUAUAAUCUUACCAAGUGCUGUUGUUUGGCAAAGAACUACACAUCCACAUCUGUUCAGUAUCAUUAUCGAUAUCUGUAACAGGCUAUUGUUCAAUUGGAAAUCUUUAAACAUCAAACCAAAACAAAAGGAAAUCUGUUAUGCAAAACUUUAUUCCACAACUAGUGUCAAAUGUAUUGUUCAUUGGUUCCAAAUCCUGAGAUCACAGAGAUUCCAAAUGUUUGAAGAAUCGGAUGAUAUGUUCAAUUCUUUGACAAGACCAUACCAAAUUGCAAAUUUCCCAACAAGAACAAACAUUAAAGUUCCAAUCUUAUUAUUAUAUGGAACAUCUGAUUUAUUAAUUGAUAUUGAUGUGAUGAAAAGAAAUUUACCAUCUGAUGGUGUUUUCGAUAUUAAAAUAGAGAAACAUGAACAUUUGGAUUUAAUAUGGGGAGAUGAUGUUGAUGUCUUGGUGUUUAAUCAGGUGAUUAAAUUCAUUGAAUUUCUAUCUGGUUCUAAUGAAGAUAUGUUCCUAAAGAAUAAACUACCUUUAACAACAAUAACUGCAUCCUCUGCGACUCCAACCAGUUUAAAAUCUAAUUCAAUCAUUUCUAGUAUAAAUGAUUUGCCAUAUAGCAAAAGACGUCGUCAUUCGUACACAUUCUCAAGAUUACAGCGAGCACCAUCCCAAAAUAGGAAUGAAGAUGAUAUAGAUGUUGACAAUGUAACUGAAAUAAGAAAAAUGAGAACCUAUCAAGAUGAAAUUAAUAGUUCUAUAUCAUCACCAGACCAUGUUGGAAAACAGAGAAUAUCUGAUCACAAUCACGGCAAUGAUAAUGAAAACAAUAGUACUAAAAAUGCUAACAAUAAAAAAAAUGCAAGUGAUUCAAAUCUAAUGUUUGUAGAAGAAUCUGUAAUAGAUGAUACUAUUGGGGCAGCUUCUGGAAUUGGUAGUGAAAUAGAGAUGGAAACACAUACAAUAAAUACUAUGUUAGGUCAGAAUUCCAAGAAAUUGAUUUAA